UGGCCAGGCCCGAGUGGGCCCGAAGCGGACGUGAGCACAGUCGGACCAAGAUGGCGGUGCAGGUGGUGCAGGCGGUGCAGGCGGUUCAUCUCGAGUCGGAUGCUUUCCUUGUCUGUCUCAACCACGCUCUGAGCACAGAGAAGGAGGAGGUGAUGGGGCUGUGUAUAGGGGAGUUGAAUGAUGACACAAGGAGUGACCCCAAAUUUACAUAUACUGGAACUGAAAUGCGCACAGUUGCUGAAAAGGUCGACACUGUCAGAAUUGUUCAUAUUCAUUCUGUCAUCAUCUUGCGACGUUCUGAUAAGAGGAAGGACCGAGUGGAAAUUUCUCCAGAGCAGCUGUCAGCGGCCUCAACAGAGGCAGAGAGGUUGGCUGAACUGACAGGCCGCCCCAUGAGGGUUGUGGGCUGGUAUCAUUCCCACCCACAUAUAACUGUUUGGCCUUCACAUGUUGAUGUUCGCACGCAAGCCAUGUACCAGAUGAUGGAUCAAGGCUUUGUAGGACUUAUAUUUUCCUGUUUCAUAGAAGAUAAAAACACAAAGACUGGACGGGUACUCUACACUUGCUUUCAAUCCAUACAGGCCCAAAAGAGCUCAGAGUCCCCUCACGGUCCACGAGACUUCUGGAGCUCCAGCCAGCACAUCUCCAUUGAGGGCCAGAAGGAAGAGGAAAGGUAUGAGAGGAUUGAAAUCCCAAUUCACAUUGUACCUCAUGUAACCAUUGGAAAAGUGUGCCUUGAAUCAGCAGUUGAGCUACCCAAGAUCUUGUGCCAAGAGGAGCAGGAUGCAUACAGGCGGAUCCACAGCCUUACGCAUCUGGACUCGGUAACCAAGAUUCAUAAUGGCUCAGUGUUUACCAAGAACCUGUGCAGUCAGAUGUCAGCAGUUAGCGGGCCUCUACUACAGUGGUUGGAGGACAGACUGGAGCAAAACCAGCAGCAUCUGCAGGAGUUGCAACAAGAAAAGGAAGAGCUUUUGCAAGAACUUUCUUCUCUAGAAUAAAGCAGGAGACAAAAUGAGGAAAGAUGAAAAUACCCAGAUGUAAAAUUAAUGAAGCUAAAUUGAUUUUGAAGAAGAAAAAUUUGGAGGACUCACAUUACCUAACUUCAAAUAAAGCUACAGUAAUCAAUACAGUAUGGUAUAUGCCCAAGUGAUUUUGACAAACGUACAAAAGCAAUUUAAUAAAGGAAUGAUAGUCUUUUCAACAAAUGAUGCUGGAGCAAUUGGCAAAAAAAAAGAACUUUGACCUAAACUGUACACCUUAUACAAAAAUUAACUUGAAAUGUAUCAUGAACUUAGAUGUAAAUGUAAAUCUAUAAAACUUUUAGAAAAAAAAUCAUAGAAAAAUCUUCAGGACCUUGGGCUGUACAACAGGUUCUUGGCCUUCACCCCAAAAGCACAAUCCAAAAAGGAAAAUGUUGAUAUUUUGGACUUCAUGAAAAUGAAAACCUUUUGCUCUGCAAAAAAAUUUAAGAGGAGGAAAUUACUGAGAGAAAUUAUUUGCAAACCAUUUAUCUAUAUCAAUCUAGAAUGUAUGAAGUCAAGAGUAAAACUACAAACAAUCCAAUUAGAAAAUGAACAGAAGACAUGAAUAGACAUAUCACUGAAGAAGACCUAUGAUGGCAAGUAAGCACAUGAAAAGAUGUUGAACUUCAUUAGUCAUCGGGGAAUGCAAAUUAAAACCACAAUGAAUUCUGACUAAAGAAAAAAUAGUGAAAAUACCAGAUGCUGUUGAACAUACAAAGUGGAUCUCUCACACAUUACUGACAGGAAUAUAAAAUGGUAAGCCAUUCUGAAAGAGAGUUUGGAAAUUUCUAAUAAAGUUAAAGAUACAUGUAUUUUAUUACCCAGCAACUGUACUCCUGGACAUUUAUCCCAAAGAAAUGAAAAUCUAUGUUAGCACAAAAACUUGUGUAUAGCCAUUCUUAGCAGCUUUGUUUAUAAUAGCCAAAAACUGGAAACAACCCAGAUGUCGUGCAAUUGAGUGAGUGGUUAAACCAACCAUCCACACCAUGGAAUACUACUCUGCAAAGAAAAGGAACAGUCUAUUGAUACACACAACUUGGAUGGACCUCAAGGUUAUUGUGAUGAAUGAAAAAGAGCCAGUCUCAAAAGGUCACAUCCUGUAUGACUGCAUUUGUAUAACAUUCUUAAAAUGACAAAAUUAUAGGAAGGAAGAAUUGAUGAAUGUUGCCAGGGAUAGGGACUGGAGGCGGUAUGGGAUAUGGAUGACUAUAAGGGGAUAAUACAAAGAGUUCCUUUGUGCUGAUGGAACAGUUUUGUAUCUUGAUUGUGGUAUCAAUUACAUGAACCUAGAUCUGUGCUGCAACUGCAUAGGCCUACACACCCCCAAAUGAAUGCAUGUAAAGUCUGGUGAAACCAAAUAAGGUCUGUAGUCUAGUUAGCAGUACUGUACCAUUGUCAACAUGUUGUUUUGAACUUGUACUAUAAUUAUGUGAAAGAUCUUACCAUGUGGAAACUGGGUGAAGGAUACAUUGGACUCAUUGUACUAUUUUUGCAACUUCCUUCAAGUCUAUAAUUACUGCAAAAUAAAAUGUUGUAAGUAUUAAAUAAGGAACUA